AUGUCCUCCUACAGCAGGUCCUCCACUACGGGCUCCGAGAGCGCAACCUCCUUGAUGUCCAAGGGAUCUGGUAGUGGAACCAGGGACUCCAUUUCAGAGCCGGAAUUGCCAUCUCUCCCCGAGAUUUCCUCUCCAGCAGAAUUCCGAAGGGAACCAGCACAGCAUGAGUCCCUAGCGAAACAACGCAUCAUCAAGAUUGCGAACUACCUAGUCCUCCACGAGACCAACAGCGCCGCUCUCAUCAAGCAAGAGAAGGAAGAAGAUGCCAUCACUCUCAAGUACCUCCUCGACCGCCUCCAGGCUGGCAAGCUCUGCCCAGGACCCGUCACUCCCAAGCACCGCAACGACGUCAACCACCCAAGCCAGCGUGCCCUCCGCUCCAUCACCGCCUCCACCACCGAGCGUCCCCUCAGCGACUUCGAAGACGUCUGGUACCUCGCCAUCGCCAAAAUUCAACACCUCCACACACACUUCCAGCUGUUCAUGAAGCACCCCAUCCUCCAGCUCCGCAUCCUGCACUACCUCGGUCCCAAGCUCAAAGACGCGACCGUUCCCUUCACCAUCCGCAUGCUCUACGACUUCCUCGCUAAAGCCUGGACCAAACUCACCGACCCGGCCCUGAUGCACGCCCUUGACAAAGCCGUCGUCUACAACCGCAUCAAGCACGCCCAAGCCAUCACCCUCUCUCCGAGCUUCGACCCCAAUGACAACUCCCCGCAGACCACGGCCAUCAACCGCGCCCGCUUCCGCGUCCGCGGCCGCCUCACCGACGACGCCUUCGCCGGCAUCUGGGACCUCACCACCCGCUCCGUCGCCAUGAUCCGCGCCGAGGUCAACUGGAAGUACCGCAGCCUCGUUGGCGAAGAGAAGCGCCUCAGCGGCGAGGCCACCCGCUCCCCGGACUGCGACUGCCACGCGCUGUGCCUCUGCCAGCCUGGCUGCUACAUGGAACCCGACGAGCGCUGCGCCUGCAAGCGGAGCGUGCAGUUUCGCAAGGACGCGCUGGAGCAGGAUGCGCGGCGUGAGGCGGGGCUGGAUAUGUCGACGCCUGGGGUUGCGCCGCCGCGGUUCAGCGCGAUGAGGCGCGCGCGCAUGCCGAGCGACCAUGCGGCGGAGGAGGUGAUGAAGACGUUGGAGAAGAUGUGUGCGCCAAAGGCGGCGGAGGCGGGUUCGAGGCACGCGGAGGAGUGGGGGAGGGUGGGGGAGGAGUCGCCGUCAAGGAAGUCGAAGGUGGUGGUCAAGAGUGUGGUGUUUGCGGAGUGGGAGGCGGAGCAGGAUCAGGAGGAGUGGAUGAAUGCGGGUAUACUUGUGGAGAGGGAGGGGAGGUUCAAGCGGGCUGUCAGCAAGUUGAUGCGGUCUUUGAGCCAUAAGUAG